AUGAGAAGUUUUGGCUUGUUUUCAUACCGGCCACACUGGGUCCUCCCUUUAACUCGAGAACACCGACGUAAUCGCCUUGAGUGGUGCAGACAACGGUCACUCUGGGAUCAGGAAUGGAACAGUAUUGUCUUUAGUUUACUGUCUGUUUUCGGCAACGAAGCGCCUCAUCAGUCGACAAUUUCCCGUUGGUAUGGAGAAUUCAAACGUGGACGGGUGAGUCUUAGCGACGAUCCCAAGGUGGAGCAGAAAGCAUCCAGGGUUAACUGGUGUCAAAAAACGCUUGACCGUUUCAAUUCCGGAAACUCAAAAAAUGUGUACAGCAUUGUUAUUGGUGAUGAAUCGUGGAUUUACUCCAACAAAGUCAUCCGUUCUCGAAGUGUUCCGAAAAAGAUGGUCGCGACUUUUGUGUCAAAACCGUGUCAUAUUGCAACAAUUCCUCUUAAUAAGCAAAGAACUUAUUUAACGGAAGAAAACGUGGAAUUAUUGGACCAUCCUCCACAUAGUCCCGAUCUAAGUCCUAACGAUUUCUUUACUUUGCCGAAAAUUAAAAACAGACUGCGUGGUCAAAGGUUCCACUCACCAGAAGAAGCAGUUGACGCAUUCAAAAAUUCCUUCGAGCGCAUGCAGAUGUGCAUUAAUCUUCGUGGAGAAUACUUCCAAAAACAAUAA